UUUUCGCUCAGUGAGUCGCAGUAAAUCCUAUUGUGAUGCUAAACUGAUUUUCGGAAGACAGAUAGAGAGAGAGAGUGAGAGAGAGAGAGAGAGAGAGAGAGAGAGAGAGAGGAGGUUUGGAUUUCCGUUUGAGCAGAUCUGAUCUUCGUUCAUCUUGAAGCUUGUAACACUUUCUCCUCUCAGUAAACUUUUUAACCCCCCUCCAGACUCCAGCGGGUAGUUUCGGGGUGUUUGUUGAGUCUACUUCGCCAGAGUAUCCGCAGCUCUCUGCGCUUCAGGAAUGCACUUUGCAGGAGACGCAGCUCGGUGCUCCGGACACCUCUUUCUUUCACUUUUCCCUUAACGAGGAGUUAUAAAUGAAUGAAGGCAAUGCGCUGGUGAAGGAGGCAUCGUUUCCUGCAGUCCGGCCCCCGACUCCUCAGUCCGCCGGGCCGCAGCCGGGCUGAGGGCAGUGAGCGCUACCCCGUCGCCGGGCAUGGAGAACGGCGUCCGGGCGGGGCUCCGGCAGCCGGCGGCAGCGGAGGAGGAGGGAGGAGGAGGAGGAGGCGGCGGCUGGGUGCUGGUGGAGGCCCGGCUGCAGGGAGGAGCGCCGUGGGGCUUCACCCUGCAGGGCGGCCUGGAGCACGGAGAGCCGCUCAUCAUCUCCAAGGUAGAGGAAGGCGGUAAGGCGGACAGUUUGGAGCAGCCACUGCUGGCGGGGGAUGAGAUCAUCAUCAUCAACGAUGUGGAGCUGACCGGAUACAGACAGGAGGCCAUUGCUCUGGUCAAAGGAUCGUACAAGACUCUGCAGCUCACCGUCCGCAGGGAGUUUGAUCCAGGAUACAUCAAGGAGUUUGGUUCUUCACGUCCCUCCCUCCCUGCUCUUCCUCCUAUUCCUCCUUCUCCUUCUCCUCCUCCUCCUCCUCCUCCUCCUCCUCCUCCUCCUCCUCCACCACCUGUUUCAUCACUGUCACCAUCACCACCACAACAACGACCAACACCGCCAUCAUCCCACCACAGCAGACCAUGUUCAGCCGGAGGAGUCCAGCUACGCAUCAAGAACAGACGCAGUGAGCCGGCGUCCCGUCCUCACUCGUGGCAUUCGACGAAGCUUGGCGAAGGUCAGCAGCCAUCCGAUCAGGGAGGGAUGGACACGAUGAGCAGCACUUGGCAGCACAGCUACCACGCCAGUGCCUCUACCACAGACCUGUCUGGUGGGUUUGACUCUGGCGGCAGCUACCUGAGGAAGAGUCCUGACCAGUACAGCUCUAGAGGCAGCAUGGAGAGCCUGGACCCCCCUCAGUCCUCCCAACUUCACUCCGGAGCUCAGCACCACCACCCACUGGGCCACCACACCCACAGCGGACCUCAUCCGGCCUACUCCUCCUGCCACCAGCUGUCCUCUGCCAGGUCCUCCAACAGCAUCGACCACCUCCACAGCAAACGAGACUCUGCCUACUCCUCGUUCUCCACUAGCUCCAGUAUCCCAGAGUACCAUGCCUCAAACCCUUCCUUCAGCCCAGAGCGCUCCUUUUCGCUGGAGACGGUCCCACAGAGAGAAGGAGGAAGUGGAGCGAUGCAGCAGGCUGACAUAUGUUACGUACAGACGGUUUACGACGCCCAACAGGGCCUAUCUCAAGAGCACGAGCUGAGCUCCGCCUCAUGCAACAGCGAUUCCAGAGGCGGGGGAGGGGUGAGGCCGGGGCUAAGCGGAUAUCUGCAAGGUCCAGUGGGUGGGGUCUGUUACCGUGGCGGCAGCAGUGGCAGCAGCAGCAGUAGCAGCAGCAGCAACGGUGGGGCACCGGCAUCAAACAGACAUAGUGUGGGUCCGAUCUGGGGCCCAUCAGCCAGCCGCAGCUCCUACGAGAGCCUGAAGGGGGCACCGGCUCCACCAAGGCGCAGCGACAGCUACGCUGCCAUCAGGAACCAUGAGAGACCCAACUCCUGGUCCAGUCUGGAGCACGCCCGCUCAUUACGGUCUCUGCAGAAAGGUUCCUGGCAUCACUCCAGUGGCCCUGUGGCCUCAAGUGCAGCUAAAGCCUUGUAUGGCGCAGAGGGCCAGCUUCACACUGUGAUAGAGAAGAGUCCAGAGAGCAGCCCCACCACAAAACCCCGCCAGGGUGGAGGCUUCGCCCAGCCCCCUUCCCCUACCGGAUCCUCCUCCGGACCUGCCGGCCCCAUCGCUCAGUCCGGCCGGCUCAUUCUUCCCACUGGAGUGUACCCUGUACCCCAGCUUGAGCCCCACUACGCACAGAUGCCCAGCGCCAGCCUCGGGCCAGGCUCCUCUGGAGUCUAUCCCGCCCUGGCCAAGGAGAGUGGCCGACAGCAGCAGCAGCAGCAGCUGCUUCAGGACGACGGAGGGAGAGAGGAAGGAGCAACGGACAGGCGGAGGGAUGGAAGGAUGCCAGCUGCAGAAAACGGAUACCAAAACAACAUUUCCUCUUCACUAUACCCCUAUUCCUCUUCUUCAGCAUCUGCCUCUACACAGCUCAGGACUCAAGCACACAAGGCAGACAGGCCUCACCAGGAAGAGUGUAACUCUGAACUCAACACAACCCACAUGAAAACUCCUGACGAGGAAUCAGAGGACCAGACAGGGGCCCAAAGGCCUUCAAACCACCAGGAACCUCACAGUCAGAUCCUCCAAGGGUCCCAUGUUCAUAUAAGCCAGAGAACCCACAGCCAAGUUUUCCAGGAACAGAACCAGGAUUUCCAUAUUUCCCACAUCCAGUCGGCUGCUGGAUUCAGGCCCCCAUCCUCACAAGAAUGGAGGGAGCCCUGCACACCUGUCCAGUCCAAGGGAGACAGGAGCAGAUCAAUGGACCAGACCAGCAUUCAUUCAGAGCCAAUGGAGUCCUCCAGGCUCACUCAUGGACAAGUACCUCCUACCCAGGUACCCAUUGGCGCUCAGCCUCAGGCUCCGCACCCUUCUGCCUCCAAGCCUCAUCCCCGUCACCUCAGUGACUCAGCAGUUCUGCAGUACCAGCACUGGGACCACAGUGAGCAGGACAAAGACAGAGAGCACCCGCUGACCCGCCUGGAGAUCGCCCUUGCUGAGGUCCAGCGGUGUUCCAGCCCCAAAAGUGUCAUCUCUUCCAGUAGCCAUGGCAACAGCAGCUUUGGCGAUGGCAGCCAGGGACCUGUCCGCAGCCUCUCUGUCCUGGAGAAGGUCAGUUGUUUCGAGCGUCGGGAGCGCACCGGAAAGCAGCGCAGUCACAGCACCAUCAAGGCACCAGACAAAGCCAGCCAUGUGAGGAUUAAUGAAAGAGGCCGCAGCUCCCCCUGUGGAGCAGACGACCUCAGAAACAUGCUCGAGAGAAGCAAUAGCAGGACCAAAGCCCACAGGACCAUGAGCUACAGAGGAGGCAGCAGCGAACAUAUGAAAUACAGGACCCCAGCAGAUCCCAGUUUAGCCCUCCAAAGGAGCCUUAGCACCUUUCAUCUGGACGACUCCAGGGAGGGUGAAAGCAGGAAAGACUAUCCCCGGACACAGGACAUCCAAGAGAUUCUGGGCUCAAUGCAGGACACGUCCCUCAACAGAUCUUACAGGGACUCUUUGAAAGACGCCCAGUCCAAGGUCCUGCGAUCCACCUCCUUCAGAAGGAGAGACCUCAGCUCCUCAAUCGCCCCUUCGCCUCCUGCCGCUCCUUCCCCCUCUUCCUCCUCAAGCAGCCACCAGACUCCACCUGUCAAUCCUAAGCACCAGUCCGUGGAGAAAAAAGGCCCAAAAACCAUGCCAAAACCACAAGGCAUCGUUAUCACGCCACCGGUCACCUCCCUUCACACCCCGAAGGAGCGUCACAUGGUCAGCCCGGAGACUCGAGGCCCGAGCCCACCAGCCCUCCCCAGUGUCGCGCCAGUUGGCCCUCCAGCUCUGAUGCGGAUCUGUGGCCGCAAGCGUCUGACAGUGGACCAGAAGAAGCGAUCUUUCUCUGAGCCAGAGAACAUGAACGAGGUCGGAAUUACAGAUGCAGAGACUGUUGCCCUCUUCAGGCGUGGAGGAGAGACCAGCGUGGCAGACCGGCGGAAGAUGUUUGAGCUUGUGGCGAGUCGUUUCGGAGGCGGGGCUCUGCAAAGUGCCACGUCAAGGCCCGACUUGCGGCAGCUUCAGCACGAUGCUCUGGCCGAAUAUGUGGAGAGGAAGAGAAGCGUGAAAAGAGACAAGGGAGGAAAGAGGAGCGGACUGAGGCCCCGUAGUGAAUAUCUACAGCCUGAAGACAGCAACUAUACAGUCUCCUCCUGUCACUCAGACACCCUCAGCCUCUCCUCCACCUCCAGCAUGCUCUCCCUCCAGGACUUGGGUGCAGAUCGAGUCUUCUUCGGGGAGAGGCGUCUCUGUUCAACUCUCCCUCCUGGAGCCGACCAGCGAAGCCUCCAGUCCAACCUCUUCUACCCGGGCAGGGUGACCAUUCCGAGGGCUCCUGCGCUCCCGCCUCCUGGUGCUCAAUCUUCUGAGCCUAGGGCCCAGAUCCUCCAGGAAAUCAACCGUGAAGCAGGGCUCAGCAGAGAGAGUCAGUCCUCCAGCAGAGACCUGGGCCUGGACCGCCUACAGCUGGUCGCAGAGCCUCAAUUCAACCUGGGACUGUCCAUGCAGCUCAACAGGGCUCUGCAGAGGGCUGGACCAGCUCGGGGCUCCGGGAUGUCAGCUUCCGCAGAGGAUCUCUUGGAGAGAUCCGAGGAGAGACAAACGACUCCUCAACACCACCGCUCCCGCUCCACCCCAACAGUAGAGAGACUGAGCCAGGACUUCCCCCCAGGUGACGCCAGGAUGUUCGGGGUCUUCCUCUCUGAACCUGGUCGCCGCUCUCUGGCUGAGGACAGACAUGCAGAAGUCCAGCUAUCAGGUGGCCUCUUCUCUCCUCAAUACUCCCAAAACAGUCUGGACACCUUUCAGCCUGCAGGACCUUCACAAGACCUAGGCCCCUCCCAUACACCUGUCACUCGAAGGGAGCGACAGAGGAACAGCGAGCGCCAGCGGGCCCAGAGCACUUCCACCUUGGCGGCCUCCGUUGGCCUGCCCUGCCCCCUCUCCCCGCCUGGGACUCAGGACAGAGGCAGCUCUGAGUGGCAUGCUACCGAGAGGCUGAGCCAGGCCAACAUGGAUGCCAUCACCUUCCCCGGCACCCAACAACCCGGCACAGGGGAUGGUGAUGGCGGUGACACUACUGGCCACAAUGAAACUCUGGUGACGGACAGACAGACAAGACACAGCUUGAGUGACACAAGUAUAUUAGAAGACACCGCAAAGGACUCGUAUAGAGGGAGAGCCUCCAGUUCAGAGAUGAUAGGAGGGUAUUCUGCAGAGAAUAGCAAACAAGUUUUGCCAGCGACGCCAACACAAUUCCAGCGUGCAUCUCCCCCAAACAGGAAGGAAAGCAGGAGCAUUGGGUCGUCUCCUCCCCCAUCUUCCCAUCCGUCCAUUCCCCAGCACCUGUCGUCUCUGCGAAUCUCCGAGUCGGGUUGGUUCAGCUCCACUGACCAGCAGAAACCACUAGAAUCCUCCAUGGGCCUAUCGCAGGAGGACUAUGACGAGGUCUUCCUCCAAAAUCCUCCAUCACCUCCUCCGCCAAUCAAAGAGACAAUCAUCUUGGAGGACUUCCCUCCUCCUCCUCCUCCUCCUCCUCCUCCCCUCGAACUGGAGCAAGACGCUGUGCACCAUGCUGUGGGAAGCAUGGAGGUCUCAAACACCUCCACCAUUCCCACCAGGAAGUCAUCCCUCCACUCCCCUCCAAUGUCUCCUUCCUCCUAUGUCUAUCCUUCACCGGUGCCUGUCCUCCUUCCUUCCAUGAAGCCACAGCCCUCCACCAUAGCCUCCAUCACCACAUCUACCACAACCGAUGCCAGCUUAGGUCUUGAGUACCAGCCCCUACCCAAGAGGGAAAAGACAUCUGAAGAGUUACGAGUGGAGGAGCUAGCUCGGCUGCUGGUGUUGCAGGACAGCUCUCUGGUGCCCCUUCUGGAAACGUGGGGGAGUAAAUCCACUGUUGAGCUUAUGGAGGAGAUCUUUCCAAACAGCAAAAUGGUUGGUGAAUCACCAUUGCAACAUAGGGGCAGUAGCCGAUUGGAUUACAGAAUUCAAGAUGGCGUCUGUGAUCCUGGUCAAAGCUCAGCGACGGAUCAGGGGAAGGAGACGGAUGUGGAUGAGGAAGAGAAAGACCUCAACACCACGAAGCUGGAGCUGUGUGAGGCUCUGGGGCGCAGCGUGGCGGCUCUGCAGCAGGAGAAGGAGGCGCUGUGCGAGGAGCAGAGAAGCCACCAGGCCCUCGGGGCGAGCAUUGAAACACUGGUGCAGGAACGGCUGAAAACCAACGAGAAGGACAAGUACAGCGUGUUCAUCGGAGAUCUGGAGAGGAUCGUGAACCUGCUGCUGUCGCUCUGCAGCCGCCUGUCCAGGAUCGACAGAUCUCUGCUGUCUCUGGAGAGGGAGGAGCUAACGCAGGAGGACACAGCAGGCGAGAGGGAGUCCCUCCAUCACAAACGCUCUCUGCUCCUCGGCCAAACCGAAGACGCCCGGGAGCUGAAGGAGAACCUGGACCGGCGGCAGCGCGUGGUCCACGCUAUCCUGUCCGGCUACCUCACCGAGCCGCAGCUCCAGGACUACCGGCGCUUCGUCAGCACCAAACCCUCGCUUUUGAUCUGCCAGCGGCGCGUUGAUGACCUCAUACGGCAGGGGGAGGAGCAGCUGACGCGACUGGUCGAGAGCCUGCCGCAGGAGCUGGCAGAGGCUCACGGUUGGUCGAGAGGGUGUCAGUUCUCUUCAUCGGGCCCCGCCUACUUAGUCAAGUCGACCACUGUGACAUCACUGUGAUGUCAAGGACAGACCGCGAUUGCAAGUGUCAGUGACGGAUGUGAAGGACAAGACAAUUGGCUCCCUAAGCGCUCAAUGCUCCAACCUGAAGGAGCUUUAAUGAAGGAAGAGCCCGUUCACACUGAAAAACCUAUGCAGACUUCACAAUGUGCCUCAUUCUGUUCUCACGUGUACUGAACGUUACACCUCUGUCCAACCAGCGCUCAGUGGACUAUAAAGGCUGCUGCCAUCAUUUUAAAUGAUCGUCUGCUCUGAAUGGUGAUUUCGAAGGGCCAUCUGUGGUUUUCAGGUUGUAAGUUCGUCAUCAAAAUACUAAAGGACAAUUCCAGUGUUAUGGAAACUUUUCUGCAGUUUUCCAGCUUUUAUCAUGUUUGAAAUACUACAUUUUUUUACUUUCAAUAUCUUAAUAUCUAAAUAUGCUUCUCAGUAAAGACAAAAGCAGCUUGUUAAAGCUGUAAAUAUAAAUUUCAGUGUUAAUUUAUGAUCCAUUUUCCAGAUAGAUUGGAAAGCCAGAGGACCUCGAGGAUUCUCAGCUUUGGAGGGGUUAAAUAAAACUUACCACAAUCCUGGUGCUGACAGGUUAGACAGCAGCCCGAAUUCAAAGUAAAAGGACAGAACUUUAUUUUUGUAAAAGUCACAAUUAACUCUGGAGUUGUCCUAAAGCAACCCUGACGGUGCCUUCAAGAACCUCUAACAUCCAGACGCUCCUCCAGAAACUCUUUACUUCUAAUGACAACACAAAGGGAGCAUGUGUUUUAAUCUCCCAAACACAAUGAACGAUCAUCUUUAAAAAAGGAUAUUAUCUUGUCGAAGUCUUCAGAGAUUUUCACAAGACCAGCUCAGCUUUUGCACAUGUUAAAAAUGUACAAAAAUCAAUGGACACCAAAAUCAGAGGGACACUGUUUCUAAUUUACGUCUACAAAAAGAAUCAAAGUCUCUCAGAAACUGAGUGCACAGAUCCUGAAGAAGAUCUGCUCUGAGAGGAAAAUCUGAACACUGUCACAUGAUACUGUAACACUACUACUGUCACUACUGUGUGUCUGCAGCUCGUAGCACUUUUUUUACUGUAGCAGCUUGACUUCUGUUUGCUGCAGAAUUUACACUGAAUGAAAACAGUUCUACUUGUGAUGUGAUGAAACAUUGGAUGUCAAAAAAAGAAAUGGAGAGGUUUAGAUUCCAAAGAUUUUUCAAAGGAUGAAUCAUUUGCAGACAUUAACUUGGUUUUAAUUUUGAAUUUGAGGUCUAGUUUGUUCAAAAAAACAAAUUUUCUUUCUUCCCUUUCUUCAAAAUUGAUUUUACAAGGGCCACAACUGCAACCAUGACCUUUAAUUAGGAAAACAGUUUUUGAUUAUUGGGCACAUAUUUUGUCUAAAAAUGUCAAGAAAAACAAACACCCCGAUUUACUAUACCAAAAUAUAUUUAAUUUAUUAUGAAUUAACACAAUUAAGCAAUCAUUGAUUUGCUGAUAAAUGUCCUGUCAAUCACUGGAUUCAUUAAACUGAGUAGUUAUGUCACUAUGGUUAAAAGCUCCGCGCUGUCUUGGAUUCAGAUCAAGGUUCCAACAAACGUAGAGCUUCUCAAUAACAAGCUGUCUCACACUAUUUUCUGAUCACAUUUUCAUUUGAUUUAUUUUGUCCUCCUUGUGGAUAUCUGUGAAAUAAAACAGUGGUUGGUUCUCUUUUCUUCUAAAGUUACUGAUAAAUGUCAGUAACUUGUAAACCCUGCGACUUCAGUUUAUAACACAGGCUUUCUGUUACACAUUUCAAGUCACACAGCCAAUCAGUGAUGACCCUGAUGACAUCACUGACAUGGUUAUGGUUAUUUCCCAGACUUCUCCUCCAGUAUAUAUUAUGCAACAGGCUGAAUAGAACUGCUCACAACAAGUAAACUGAUCUUCUUGUGUAAAAUUGGCUGAUUGACCCUUUAAUCUUAUUAAACUGCCCACUUUAUUGAUUAUUAAUUGCUGGAAUCAGGACUUAUUUUUUCUGUGCUCAUGAAAAGUAAAAAAAUAACUAAGAAAUUGUGAAGUAUGUAAAAAUAGAUAAAAGGUUCAUCAAAAGUCAAUUGUCAAGAACCUAACGACAUUUAAAUAAUAAAAUAGUAAUAAAUGAUCAUGUUAUAUCACUCAUCACAAUAAUUAUAUUCAAGUUGUUUUUAGAUAAUUUGCUUUGCAUGUUUACCUUCAAUUGUGGGAACACUGUCCCACACAUUCUCCCACUCCUCCGUCUGCCAGCGACGGUUCAGGUGUAUUUGAAUCUGUUCUACCAGGAGCCAUUUGGCUUCCCUUCAGUUCACUUCAUCUGGGGACUCCAUAUGGCAUAAAAGAGCAUCUAUAUUUAUUGUUUAACAGUGGCAGCAGAGUGUGGAAUUUAAAAUGCAGAGAGCGUUUUCACAGAGUUUAAGUACUGAUCUGUUACCUGUUUCCUUCUACAGCGACAAUUCACGUUUCAUUUCACUGUUUUAGUUUUAGAGCACCUCAUGAAUAUUCUCAGUUUGUCAUAUUCUCUGAACACAUGGUCUGCUUCAUGUGCUCAUCCAUAACCCAGAUUAUACAGUCAUUAUGGUUUGUUUUUUUCAUUUUCAAAGGCACAACAGAAUAGCUCAAGACAGUUUAUCGUUGAAUGAAAUUCAAUGUUUGCUUUAUGAAAGAAGGACAAUUAAAUAAAAACAGCUCCAUG